CAUGGAGGGCACCAGCUCCAGCGGCGGCAACCACCACCCGCAGAUGCCACCGGGCUUCCGCUUCCACCCCACCGACGAAGAGCUCCUGGUUUACUACCUCAAGAAGAAGGCCGCCGACGCCCCUCUCCCCGCCGCGAUCAUCGCCGAGGUCGAUCUCUACAAAUAUGACCCCUGGGAACUCCCAAGUAAAGCAAGCUUCGGUGAUCAGGAAUGGUACUUCUUCAGCCCUAGAGAGAGAAAGUACCCCAACGGCGAGCGUCCGAAUCGAGCGGCCACGUCAGGAUACUGGAAAGCCACCGGCACUGACAAGCCGAUCCUCACCGAUAACGGCACACAGAAGAUCGGCGUGAAGAAGGCCUUGGUUUUCUACGGCGGCAAACCGCCCAAGGGCGUCAAAACUAAUUGGAUCAUGCACGAAUACCGCCUCGUCGGAGAUAAUUCCACCGCCGCUAAACCGCCGGGGAUAAAUCUCUCUAAAAAAUCCUCUUCGCGGCUGGAUGAUUGGGUUCUAUGCCGGAUUUUUAAGAAGAACGGGCCGGCUUCGUCUGCGGAAGACGGCAUGCUGCACUCACCGCUACCAGUCCAGGAAAAACCCUCUGAUUUUUCGAAUUUCUUCCAUGGAAGCCCGAUGAUGUUUCCAGCAAAGGAGUGGCAAGUGCACGACGACACCUUGAACAACGCUAGCAGCAGCUCGAGUGAUCCACGAAAUAUUUCAUAUAUUUCGCUGCUGAAUCAGCAAUAUCCACAAACAAUAUUCCAACAAAGUUCCGUUGAUGAGGAUGAUGCCGCAUUGCAGCAAUCAUACCAACUCCCCCCCUCACGAUUUCAAUAAAUCGAAUCAAUGUUCAUUUCCGGUAACGUUUAUGUAUAUGAGCAUUUUUUGGGCAUGUUAAAUUACUAUACUAUGUUAUAGUAAUUAUUUAUUGUUUCUCUUGAUAUUUUAGAAACAUUGAAUUUGAAUCACAUUCAUUCAGUGCGUGAUAAAAUUGUUAUCUGAAAAGAUCCGUGAGAUUUUGUGUUA